UGUUCUACAAUAAUUUUAGUGAAAUAUAGGGUUUAAUGUGCGAUUUUAUUACGUUUUUUUUGUGAGAUCCUCAGCUAUCAGCUAUAUCUUUUCCAUUAUGCUUGUGAUUAUGCUUAACUUCAGUGAAUACACACAAAAAGCGGUCGUUUUCUUUGACACACGGUGUAAAACUGUUACUCAAUGAACAUAACACACUGACCAAGCGUUUGCAAGUUAAAGUGAAAGUUAUUGUGUUGAACGAAGACCUUCCUCCAAAUAUCUACCUAUUUUUUGUGCAGUUUCGUGUGUAUUUUUAUUUGUUUUUAUUAUUUCUUGGUGUUUAUUGUGCAUUUUAUGUAUCGACGAAAAUGGGAAUGGGUAGUAACAUGGAUGGUUGUGGCAAUUUUAUGAAAUACAGUUUGUUUAUCGUCAAUCUCAUUAUUUUUAUUGGCGGGAUCAUCGUAACAGCCCUGGGAUUAUGGAUAUUAGUAGAUAAAUCGUUCGCUAGUGAACUACUAGGAACAAAUUUAUAUUCUGGAUCGAUCUAUGUUCUAGUUAUUACAGGACUUUUAGUCAUUUUUAUAUCUCUCUUAGGAUGCCUAGGAUCCGUCAAAGAAGUGAGGUGUAUGCUAGUCAUAUAUUUCAUAGCCUUAUUCCUUAUAUUCGUUACAAUGUUAAUUGGUGGAAUUCUUGGCUAUGUGUUUAAAGAAAAAGUCGAAAAGACAAUACGACUUGGAAUGGACAGAUCUUUAAACGAUUAUGGUAGAAACAAAGCCGUCACACAAGCAUGGGACGAAACCCAAAGCAAACUGAUGUGUUGUGGAGUGUACGAAUACAGGGAUUGGAGAGACAGGAUUCCGGAUUCAUGUUGUAAGACGACUUCAUCGGGUAUACCAAUUAACUGCCAGCAAAUCGAGAUCAAAAACGAGUUUACCAUUCAUACCAGAGGUUGCUUAAGCGUUACUACGGAAUUCGUUAAAACGCACGCCAUUAUUAUUGGAACGUCCGGUAUAGUUGUAUCAUGUUUUUUGGUUUUAGGAAUGAUAUUUUCCUGCGCUCUGUUCAAAUUAAUUAGGUAAUAUAUUUAAAUCAUUUAUUUCAAUUCUUGUACAAUAAAACGUCAAUUUUAAUAAACCA